GGGACCGGCUCCCUCCCUGGUGGGAGCGUCCUGAGCGUCCCCGGCGGGGCGUCCAGUACACGGUGGGUCCGUCCGUCCGGCCAUGGGGCUGCUGUCGCAGGGGUCUCCGCUGAGCUGGGAGGAGACGCGGCGCUUCGCCCGGCACGUGCGGCGGCACGGGGUGCUCCAGUUCCUGCACAUCUACCACGCCGUCAAAGAGCGCCAGAAGGACGUGCUCAAAUGGGGCGACGAGGUGGAAUACAUGUUAGUCUCUUUUGAUCACAUAAACAAGAAAGUGCGCUUGGUUCUGUCUGGAGAGGAAGUCCUUGAAACACUGCAAGCAAAAGGGGAGAGGGCCAAUCCAAACCAUCCUACUCUUUGGAGACCAGAGUAUGGAAGUUAUAUGAUUGAAGGGACACCUGGACAGCCGUAUGGAGGAACAAUGUCUGAAUUUAACACAGUUCAAGACAACAUGAGGAAACGGCGGCUGGAGGCUUCCUCAGUGAUGAAAGAAAAUGAAGCUCUUUGCACUAUCACAUCAUUUCCUAGAUUAGGCUGCCCUGGGUUCACGCUUCCAGAGCAUAAACCUACACCAACUGAAGGAGGUGCCUCGAAGUCUCUCUUCUUUCCAGACGAAGCAAUAAACAAACACCCCAGGUUCAGUACCCUGACAAGAAAUAUCCGACAUCGGAGAGGGGAAAAAGUUGUGAUCAAUGUACCAAUAUUUAAAGACAAGAAUACUCCGUCUCCAUUUAUAGAAUCAUUUCCUCAGGAUGAUGAAGCAGCAAAAGCUGCGAAACCGGACCAUAUUUAUAUGGAUGCUAUGGGAUUUGGAAUGGGCAAUUGCUGCCUUCAGGUGACAUUCCAGGCUUGCAGCAUAUCGGAAGCCCGAUACCUUUAUGAUCAACUAGCUACUAUCUGUCCAAUUGUAAUGGCUUUAAGUGCUGCAUCUCCUUUCUACAGAGGCUAUGUUUCAGAUAUUGACUGUCGCUGGGGAGUAAUAUCAGCAUCUGUAGACGAUAGAACACGGGAAGAGAGAGGAUUGGAGCCUCUGAAGAACAACAUAUAUAGGAUCAGUAAAUCACGCUAUGAUUCAAUAGACAGUUACUUAUCUAAAUGUGGAGAAAAAUACAAUGACAUUGAUCUGACAAUUGAUAAAGAAAUUUAUGAACAGCUAUUGAAAGAAGGUAUUGAUCAUCUCUUGGCACAACACAUCGCACAUCUCUUUAUUCGAGAUCCUCUGACUCUUUUUGAGGAGAAAAUACACCUAGAUGAUGCAAACGAAUCUGACCAUUUUGAGAAUAUUCAGUCGACAAACUGGCAGACUAUGAGAUUCAAGCCCCCUCCUCCAAAUUCAGAUAUUGGCUGGAGAGUAGAAUUCCGACCCAUGGAGGUUCAGCUAACAGAUUUCGAGAACUCUGCUUAUGUGGUGUUUGUAGUGCUGCUAACCAGAGUGAUCCUUUCAUACAAGUUAGAUUUUCUCAUCCCUUUGUCAAAGGUGGAUGAAAACAUGAAAGUGGCUCAGAAACGAGAUGCUGUAUUACAGGAAAAGUUUUACUUCAGGAAAGAUAUUUGCAAAGGUGGCAAUGCUGUGGUGGAUGGCUAUGGGGCAGCCCACAAUGGCAUGGAGACAGACACAGAAGAAUACACCUUGAUGACCAUAGAUACCAUCAUCAAUGGGAAGGAAGGUGUCUUUCCUGGUUUAAUCCCAAUUCUCAACUCCUACCUGGAAAACAUGGAAGUUGAUGUGGACACCAGAUGCAGCAUCCUGAACUACUUGAAGUUAAUCAAAAAGAGAGCAUCAGGAGAACUCAUGACGGUCGCUCGUUGGAUGCGGGAGUUUGUGGCGAACCAUCCAGACUACAAAAAAGAUAGCGUUAUCACUGAUGAAAUGAACUACGGCCUUAUUUUGAAGUGCAACCAAAUUGCAGACGAAUUAACAGAGUGCCCAGAGCUGCUGGGAUCAGCAUUUAAGAAAACAAAAUAUAAUGAAAACCAUACCGGCUCUUCAAACUAGGUAGAUCGUGUGAGCGUUUUAGUCAAGAACUAGCUGCAGUACUGUGAACCCCAUGCAUGGUGUGAAGACCAAAAAACCAGUAAUUCUGCACUAUCACCUGGGCCAACCAGCCUGACAUUCAUAUAAAGGCUUCCUAGAUGGGCACCUUCAGAGUUUAUACCGUGUACAAUGUAAAUAGUAAAAUAUUUUUAUGAUUAACAUUGUAUUUUAUUAACACUGUACCUAAGUCAUUGUGAACUGGCUUGUAAAAUUUUUUUUACGCUUACUCUGGAGGAGCUCUACUGACCUGAAUAGUUUUAUAAAUGUAAUGUACUAGUAAUUGUACUUUAUAUCUGCAUUCCAGGGGUUGAAUGUUUACUGUAAAUUUUUGUCCUUCUAAAGAGACUACCUUGGUGAAAAAGAAUCAGUUAGGGCCUGAUUCACUGAAUUCCCAUGUCACUUUAAAAACACACUAUCCGAGACUUUCCCACCUCUUUCCUUGGCACCUGGAAGGCUUCCUGUCUAAGCACCUUCCGUAGACUGAUUCCUUUCCAGUAUGGGCAUUGUUCUUACAGGAUCAGUUGAGCGGUCUGUGCCAGACUUUAGGAUUGAACGAAGCCGCCGGGUGGACGUGACCUCAUUUCUGUUCCGUUCUCCCCUCCGCCCCUUGCGCGUUCUCACGUUUAGAUCCAGGGUCAUAAUGCCCAGGCAGUUACGGGAGGCUGGUAUCUAAGACCUCUGGCCCGCGAUCUUUUGUUUGAAACGCCUAGCGUGCUUUCUCAGCAUAUUUGUCUUUGUCCAAGAUUUUCUUUUCCUUGUAAAUACUAAGAGGACUGGAAUUUAAAUGGGGGCAUAAGGGACAGGGAAAGGGGGUUGAUGACUAGUCACUGGAAAUGGCUUGAGUGUCUGCUAUGUAUACCCCAUUUCCGAUUCCACCCCUAACUGCUGCUUAAUCUAGACUUGCACGCAAUACCCAACCCAAAGCUGAGUGAAUACCAAACCUUUUGGAGCUGUGUCCAUAUCCUUUUCCCCUCCCUCCAGUAAGCUCGUUCACAAAGACUUGUCAACUAAAAGCCAUUUGCCCCGGUCUCUGACGGGGUAGCGUGCUAUGCACUGCUUAACUUCCUAUAUAAAAUUUACAGAGGAAUCAUGGAUUGCACUAGAGUUUUGUGAAUCAGGACCCUAAGUGGUGGGAGAUUGUAAAUAAUUACAAUUUAAGACAAUUGAAUUGUUAGAUGUAGUCAUUUUUGUGGGAUUUUUCAAUUCAGUUCAAAUUCAUUACUGCUUCUAAAAACUUUACUGUAGAUUAUGCAGAACUUAAUAUGCGCAUAUCUAAGAUGUAAUUCUAAUUUUACAAAGAAAUUGCUCCGAAGCUGUUUAUGUAUAGAGUUUGUGCUAUAUUCAUAGGUGUGUUUUAGAAAAUUUGGGUGCCUGUUUUUGUUUUUUUGGGUUUUUUUUUUCUCAUUUGGCUUGUUUUAAUCAGGUUGUCAAUGACAAGAAAGAUCAAAUGGUUUGUGGUACAAGAAAAUAAAACAAAUAGAAUUUGCAAUA